AGAUACAGAGACGUAAAUCCCUACGAUCAUUCGCGCAUUAUCAUCCAUAGAGGCAGUGUAGACUAUAUAAAUGCUAAUCUUGUUAAGCUCGAACGUGCCGAACGUAAAUAUAUUCUAACACAAGGUCCGCUAGUCGACACCGUUGGCCACUUUUGGCUAAUGGUAUGGGAACAAAAUACUAAAGCCAUUCUUAUGCUGAACAAAUUGAUGGAGAAAAAGCAGGUCAAAUGUCAUCACUAUUGGCCGGAUAGAAAGGGCCCUGAAAAUGCAUUAAGAUUAAAUGAAGUUAACUUGACUGUUGAAUUUUUACGUUGUGAAGAAUAUCAGAACUUCUGCCGCAGAUGGUUCAAGCUAACAGAUCUUGAAUCGAAGACAAGCCGCGAGAUAUUACAAUUCCACUAUACAACAUGGCCGGACUUUGGCAUUCCCAGUUCACCAGUUGCGUUUUUGCAAUUUUUAAAACAGGUGCGCGACUCCGGUGCACUCGAUGCGGAUGUGGGGCCCGCAGUGGUACACUGUAGCGCUGGAAUUGGGCGCUCUGGCACUUUUUGUUUAGUUGACUGCUGUCUAGUUUUGAUUGAAAAGGAAGGCGAGAGCAAAGUUUCUGUACAGGAUGUGCUCUAUGAAUUGCGCAGGUAUCGCAUGGGCCUAAUACAGACUGCAGAUCAAUUAUAUUUCUCAUAUCAGGCAGUUAUAGAGGGAAUCAAAUUGCUUAAGGAUCCAGAAUUUCUGAAUUACAAGGAGGAGCCAAUUAAUAGCAGUGACAAUGAGCACCACGAUCAGUAUGGCACAAUUGGUGGUGAUGUGCCACCACCUCUGCCUCCACGUACACAUUCCCUAGCACUGCCAAUGGCCGGCUGCAGCGCUGCCGGUGCACUAACGUUGAAUUUACAUGGCAAACCAUUACCAAAAAUACCGGCAAGCGCAAGUUUCAACGACGAACUCUACGCCAUGACCGACAAUGCACAACAUGCCAGCAAGGAUGCGUUGAAUAAUUUCAUAAACAACGAAAAAACUGCUGAAAACAUGUCAAACAGACCGCUACCACCACUACCGCCACAACCGCAACGCUCUCAAUCCUCGCUUGAACGCGUACAUGAAUCAGACAGCGAUGAAAAUGAGUUCUACGAAGACGAUAAUAGUGACGAUGACGAUAGUGAUGAUGAAGGACUUUAUAACUAUGACAAUUUGGACGAUAAGAACGCCAACGCCGUUAAUAAGCGGAGUAUAAGUAGUGAACGUGGUAGCGGCAGUGAUGGUGGCGGCGGCGGUGGUAAUGAGUUGUCAACGGAAAUUAAGCAAAAUGGCACUGAUGGCUCCAAUAGCAAUCCGCUCGUCAUCGGCAGUCCCGAAAAUGAGUUAAAACGGCGGAAACGUGUCGAACGACAGGCCAACAUCGAACAGAAAGUUAACGAGAUCAAGCGAAAACAGCGCGAAACGGAGGAAAGCAAGCAUGCGGCGAAGAAACGAAGAACUGAAAGGAAAGACUCUGAUAUGUACAUAAAAUGAAUAAUAUGCAAUAUAAGGUGGAAAGUAAAGAAGCUGUAGAUAUUGAUGACUCGCCAAUAUAUUAACCACAAUCAACAUUCAGCCAAAAAUGGAAGCUUCUCUGCACGAGAUCCGUUUUCGAUGGCAAGAGUCCUGCUUGCCUUAGCUCAGCUUUUGUUGUAUAAAAUGUAGGUAAAAUUUUAAGCUUCAGUGUAAAUACAUAUCGUGCACAUAAUUUAGUAUGCAGGUGUUGUAAAUGUUUUCGUUUUGUCAUUUUUAAAAUGAAGAAAUAGGAACUUUUCUAGAAAUAAAAUAAAUGUGCUGCUCAUUUUCUCCAAAGUUCAUGAAAUUUAGUACUUGGAGCUAAAAAAGUUGUGUAGGAGGUGGGCGCCGUAAUAAGAAACUCUUGAUUAUCUUCCAAGUUGGAAAAUUUUGGCUUAAAGGAGCAGGGCACACCGUAUUUCAUCAAAAAAUGUUGUUUUUUUAUUACCGCCUGUUUUUCAAGAAUUACUGGACGAUAAUGUAAACCGGUAUUGACGAUCUUUCAGAUUUAAGAUUUUCUUUUUAAAACCAGCAUAUGCUCUGAAUUUCAUCAAAAUCGGACAACAUUUACUAUUUCCGCCCACAAGAGCUGUGGGCGUGGUAGCGCGUUGAAUUUUACCAUUUUCCACAUUUCUUCAUUCCUAAGUUCCGAACAGCGCAUAUACGAAAUUUUAGCGAAUUUCUAGUACGGUUACUACUUUUGGCCGCAGCUUAUAUGGGGACGUCCCACUGUGGGUCGUCUCAAGCUUCCCUAGUGACUGUGUGUUUGUGUGCAUAAAUAAAUACAUAAUUACAAAUACAUACGUACAUACAUUUAUACAUACAUAUGAACAAAGAAAAAAAUAUUAAAGCAAUAUCAACUUAAGAAUCGUGCGCCGACCGAAUUUUUUUCGAAGCGGUGCACAAAUUACAUACUUAAUUGUUCUAAAAUAGGGAAGCAUUUCAAAA